UAGACUGGAGUAACUGCAGAAAGUUAUACAAUUUGAAAGGAAAUAGAGCAUUUUACAAAAAUGUCCAUGAAGUGGAUCUCAACUCUGUUGCUGCUACAAUUUUGCAGUUAUUUCCACUCUGGUAGCUGUGGAAAGGUUCUGGUAUGGCCCAUGGAAUACAGCCCUUGGUUGGUUAUGAAGAACAUAUUAGAAGAACUCAUCCAGAGAGGACAUGAGGUGACAGUUCUGAUACCUUCAAGUUUCAUUUUUGUUGAUGGUAGUGUACCAUCUGAUAUUAAAUUUGAAACAUUUACUACAUCUAUCAAUACAGAACAACUGAAAAUAAUUUAUAAUGAAUUUAUCAGUGUGAGGAUGAAAAUGGGACCAAUAAACACAUGUUUGGCAUACUCUCCAGAGAUAGAGAAUGCUCUUGUGGUAUAUUCAAGUGUUUGGGAGAUUAUUUGUAAAGAAGCAAUUUCCAAUAAGAGGCUUAUGUCAAAACUACAAGAAUCAAAAUUUGAUGUCCUUCUCGCGGAUCCUGUUGCUCCCUGUGGUGAGCUGGUGGCUGAGCUUUUGAAACUACCCUUCGUGUACAGUCUUCGCUUCACCCCUGGAUUCCAAGUGGAAAAAGUGGCAGGAGGGCUUCCACUUCCUCCUUCUUAUGUGCCUGUUAUGUUGUCAGGCUUAAGUGGUCAAAUGACUUUCAUAGAAAGGGUGAAAAACAUGAUCUGCAUGCUUUAUUUUGACUUUUGGUUUGAAACAUUUAAUGAGAAAAAUUGGAACAAGAUGUACAGUGAAAUUUUAGGAAAACCAACAACACUAUAUGAGACAAUGCAAAAGGCAGACAUGUGGCUUAUUCGAAGCUAUUGGGAUUUGGAAUUUCCACGUCCAACCUUACCAAAUUUUGAGUUUGUUGGGGGACUCCAUUGCAAACCUCCCAAACCUCUGCCUAAGGAAAUGGAAAAUUUUGUGCAAAGCUCUGGGGAACAUGGAAUUGUGGUGUUUUCUCUGGGGUCGAUGGUCAGUAACUUGACAGAAGCCAUGGCAAAUGUGAUUGCUUCAGACCUGGCACAGAUUCCACAAAAGGUUCUUUGGAGAUUUGAUGGCAAGAAACCAGAUACUUUAGGAGCCAACACAAUGUUGUUCAAGUGGCUUCCCCAGAGUGACCUACUUGGUCAUCCAAAAACCAGAGCUUUUAUAACUCAUGGUGGAGUCAGUGGUGUUUACGAGGCAAUCUGCAACGGCAUCCCUAUGGUGGGCAUUCCUUUGUUUGCAGAGCAACAUGACAACAUUGCUCAAAUGGAAGCUAAAGGAGCAGCUGUUGCAGUGGAAUUCAAAUCAAUAUCAAAUACGGUUGUACUCAAUGCAUUGAAGACAGUCAUUGAGAAUGCUACCUAUAAAGAGAAUGCCAUGAAAUUAUCAACCAUUCACCAUGAUCAGCCAAUGAAACCAUUGGACCGAGCAGUCUUCUGGAUAGAGUAUGUCAUGCGCCACAAAGGGGCCAAACACUUGAGGCCACUGGCCCACAACCUCACCUGGUACCAGUACCACUCUUUGGAUGUCAUUGGCUUCCUACUGGCUUGUGUUGCAACCAUUGCUUUCUUUGUCAUAAAAUGUUUCCUGUUUUGUUUUCAUAAGUUUGUAAAGACAGGAAAGAAGAAAAAGAGGGAGUAGAGCUGAUGCAUCAUACAACAAUAGAAGUCAGACUAUUUCAUUUAAUUCCACUGCCAUGGAUCUGUCAUUAUGAUAUGAUCUCCAUGAUAUAUAAGAUGUUUGACAUUCUGAUUUCUCUGUACAUUCUAAUCCUGUGUUUCUAUAAGAAUUCUGCUGUAGCUUUGACAGAUAUUUCAUUGUAAAUCUUGAAACAAGGAGAAUCACUCAAAGCACACAUUGUUUUGAGAAAAGCAGGAAGUCUAAAGACUUUGUUGUAUUUAAAGAAACAAUUUCUCUUUGAAUAAAAUGCAAUCCACUGGAAUUUUUGUAUAUCUCAGAGAACAUCAGAGCAAGAUGGUUCAUAGUAGGAAGAGAGAUCUUACUCAGAUAAAUAAUAUAGAGGAGAGAGACUUCAAUAUAAACAGCUCAGUUCACUAAGGAAAAUGUGGCUGUUACUUUCAUGGAACUACACAGAGACUGUGGAGAAGUGAAGAAAGGAAGUCAAAGAGAUUCAUUGGGCUGAAUGGAAAUGGUAAGCUUGCACAUGAUAGAAAGAGAAAAAAUUCUGAACAUGGGUUGCAAAAGAAUUCAGAAAAAGCACUAUUUGAAGUUUGAGAGAAUCACAUAUUAAUUAUGAAAGAUAUAGAAGAGAGUUUAGGAUUAGCUACAGGAAUAUAACCCAUGAUUUAGGGCAGAUAAAAGGCAUUUUGAACCUUGUUAAUUUCACAGCACAUUGUUAAGGCAAAUAUUCUAUUUUGAAGAUUUAACAGUAUAUAUCAUUGGGUAGUACUACAUAUAUGCCGUGAAGUUUCAACAUGUUUCACAAAAUUGUGCUUGUUCUAAUUAGCUUCAUCCCUCAAAACUUGUAAUUUGUUGAAAUAUUUGAUUUAAACAAUAAAAGAUCUCUUCUGCUGUGACCUUGAA